UUGUUCUGCAUUCGAACACCGACGAUACUCGCACUUUCGUUUUGCCUUCAUUAAGUGAGUCUGUGCUACAAUAGUAUAUUCUUGUUGCGAGAGCUUUCCUUAGUUCCUGAAUAUUAAUAAACUUUGAAAAUUUUAAAGUGUCCAAGAUGGAUGAUGCCAGCCGAUUAGGUCGUGGAAGAGGUAGAGGGAUUGCCCCCGGAGAAGAACACAGGGGUGAUUUACGUAGACCUCUCACCACUCCUCAGGAAUUGACAGCCGCUGGUCUUCAGCAGCCACCUGGUUCCAACGCAAACGUAAAAGGCUUCAAUGAUAGCCGUGGCCAACCACAGUAUUCUAAUGAGUUGAAAACUACUCAGUCUCAACUUGUUCAUUCCCGCCCGGCUUUACAAAAUCCAACGGACCAAAAUAUGCAUGCUCAAAUGGCAUUGGCUAAUCAACAAGUGCAAUCUCAACAUCAACAACUAUCUCUUCCAGCUCUUCAGCAGCACUUGGUCAAUCAGCAGCAGCUGGCAAACCAACAACAGCAUUUAGCUAAUCAGCACCACUUAGUCAACCAGAUUCAGUUAGCCAAUCAACAUCAGAUGGCAAAUCAGCAACAGCAAAUGGUUAAUCAACAACUUGUCAGUGUUGCUCAGUAUGUCAGUCAGCAGCAGCUUCUGCAGGCACAGCAACAGCAGCAUUCACACAGUUCACAGUCACCUCAAUUAUAUUCUGUUGGUGGAAUUGCAGCUAGCAAUAUUCCUCUACAGCAGUACAUGGAUCCUCAGAAAGUUCUUGAGUAUGAAGAACUAAAGAAAAAACAAGCCCAACUAGAGCGUAUAAAACAGGAACAUUAUAAGCAGCUUGAGCAGCAACAGCAGAUGGAACAACAGCAACGACUUCAGUAUCUAAGACAAGCUCAACAGCAAAAAUUGCAUAACCAAGCUUCUGCAAUGAAUGCUUUAGAAAUUGAGCAAAAACUAGCUUCUCUUCAAUUGCAAAAUCCAGAUGCCAUUUAUUUGCAACAAUCGCCCCAGCAACCUCCACAUCAGUUUAUCCAACAACAGCAUUUAGAGCUGCAGAAGCAGCAUCAACAAUUGCAACAACAGCAAUAUCAUCAGCAACUGCAGCAACAACAACAAGCUCAGCUAUCUGUCUUGUCUAAUCAAUCAGAUAUGUCUGGCAGUCGGAAUGCAAGCAUGCUGUCAGCUGAUGCUGCGGUGUUUGUUCCUCGUUUUGCUGGUGCGGAUAGCCAGCAGUUGGAAGUCACCAAUGGCAAUUCCAAGAUGGCCAACACCAUGAUGCCUCAACAGAUUAGUGGCCACAUGAGCUUGAUUCAGAUCCAGCCCGAGCUUGCCGGCCAUCCCGUGGUUAUUCAAGUGGAUUCGGCAGUUGUGACGCUAUCCACUAGCCCUAGCAAGUACGAGUCUAUCGCACCCCAGCUCACCCGGCUGCUCUCAUGGAAGAUCGAGGAAGAGAAUCUCAUGCGGGAGGUUGUGACGGUCAUCUUUGAACAAGGUGUCGGUGAGCCUAAUUUCCGGUUCACUGGAGGCAAGCUGUGCGAGCAUCUCGUCAAGAAUGUUGCUCAGACGUACAAUGGCCUGAGCUUCAAGAGCAUCUUACUGCAUCGAUGCCAGGAAGAGUUCGAGUACCGCCAUGAGUACCUCGCGGUCCAGUUCUACGAGCGCCUCAUCGGCUUCACAUAUUUCCUGGCUGAGAUCCUCACCAGGCUCCUCAUGCCCUCGGGGGGACCCAUCGUUAAACUCAAGGAAGCUCUCUGUGAAAUGCUUAACCUGCUGCUCGAGGUCUCCACCAAUGAGAGUCUCAAGUGUGUCGCUCAAGUUCUCAAGAUGAGCGGGCGCUACCUUGCGAUGGGUGAGACGGACGACAUCGACGCUGUGAUGACGAAGGUACGCGACAUCACGAUGACGUCACUGCCGCCCAACAUCAAGAGCCUCCUCAUGUCCGUCGUGGAAUUCCAAGCUGCAAACUGGGGCUGUAAUCCUGACGAAGCCGGGGACGCUAAGCCUGGCGAGGAUAGUGAAGAAAAAUCUGCUUCUAGAAGUGUUGCUGCAGCUAAUGGUGGUCUGCCAGUGCUGGGCACGGUGUUCUACGGUCCUGACGGCGCCAUUCAGCGCAUAGAAGAAGACUGCCCUGAGGACUACCCCAGCGACUCCGAUGACUCCGCCUCCCGACAGUCGUCACAGUCGAAGGUGGUGCCGCAAGUGUGUGAGCUGGACGGCGAUGAAGGGGUCGCGUUCGAGCAGUUCUUGAUGAGCAUGACCUGAACUGCUGCUGCUCUCUAAAGCUGCAUCUCUUUCUAGCACCGAACUCUGCUGCUAUUCUUGUGUGUAUUCUGACGCGCGUCCUUCCUAACCCUACUUUUCGCUGAAAUUUGUAUUGUUUCCGCAAUCAGGUGCCCGUUUCUUUGUAUCGCUGAACUUUGUUUCUAUUAUUUCUUGUAAUCUGAUAUGCGUCCCUAAUUGUCUAUGAAAUUAGAACAAGAUUUCAUAGCAGUUCAAACCGAGUAUCAGCGACGAUACUCCCUGGUCCUGUACAGCACUACCUGACAUGCUUUACUAAUGUUCGGCGUCUGGUCUUCAAUUGACCAUUUAUUCUCCGUGAACAUAAUAAAACUGGCUCCAGAUCACCGCUUCUAUGUGAUGCUUUUCCGUUAAUUUUGACGGUGUGCGAUUUAUUCAUCCCAGGUCAUCGUUGAGGUUUUCCUUACUUUUUCCACUUCGGAUCGUUUAAGCUCGACUGAGCAUUGGAAAUCUUCUCACCGUUUGCUCUUGGUUUCGGUGUAAUCUUUAAGAAAGAAUUGCGUGAUUUUAAUGGCUGUCACGCAGUUGCACUGAAUAUUCUCUAAUGCUCUGAGACUGAACUAGCUGUCGAAGAUAUAUUUAAUAAUCGAUUUUGUGGUUCAAAAACUACAUUGUUUUAGGCCAUAAUACUCUCUACUCAAAUUACACAGAUUUCCUGUUUUUCUAAGGUAUUUAAUUUAGAUUAAAUGAUUGACUGUAACAUUUCGUCGAGUUAUUCAAGCUCCAUGUUCAAGUGGAUUAACUCUUACUAAUGCGAGUUUAAUUUAAUUUUAGUUGUUUAUUUUCUUAUCUCUGUGGGUAUGUUAAUUUCUCAUUUGUUUGUCACGUCAUUCAAGUGCGAUUACUCCUUCGUUUAUGUUAACACUGCCGCUAAUUUCAUCAGUAUCUAUGUUCAUUUCUACUAAUAUUAUCCUUUUAUUGGAAUUUCUCGAUGUUUUUCCAACGGUUGCAUCGUCUUUCCACGCAUUCCUGAUUCACUUGACUUGUCUUCCCAUGUACCUAUCUACGCACCGAAUCAAUUUUUUUGGCAAGUAGAAUGUUUUUUUUUAAGAACGAUAAUUAAAUCAGUUUUUGAGGUUAAAAGGAUUCGAAUACUUCUCUUUAUUGAUGUUAGAAGAUAUGUACACUUGGGUGAGCGACCUUUCAGUGGUUCAUUGGACGACCCCUCAAUCGUGUUUCAGUGGACGAUCAGUCAAUCGUAUUACAAUCGACUUUACUUCAAUCGUUUUUCAGGUGACGAUCUCCCGAUCCUUUUUCUAUGGACGGUUUUUCGAUCACUUUUCAGUCUCUGUCGACCCAUUUUUUCAGUUUUCCCUCCCAUCUAACCCAACUCUGCGCACCAUCUUUUCCGUUUAAGAACAUUAUCCAAUAUAUACUUAUUAUUUUCACGAAAAAAAAACUUAAAUUCGGUUCAAUUCACACCUUUUUAGUCAUCAAACGAGUCCCUUCUCACUCACUUACAUAACAGCGUUGCAACUGAUAUAAAAUUUUCAGGGUCAUAAAAGUUAUCUUUUGUUUUAACCGUUUGCAUUGCGGAAUUUUCUUAAUCUUCUCUUUGAUUAUUUACUGUCAAUUCAACCAAUAAUUAUCACGUACGCAGAUAAGAAUUAGCAUUUAUCAGCGUUGAUUGUCCACCAUUCUUCGCUACCUGUCAUGUCACGAAGGCUUGAGGUGCGUGUACACGAGGACAGUAGUGGCGGCCAGUACCACUUCCAGCUACUAAUCAUCACUACUUACCGUGCUAGUAGCCUUGCACUACUGGCCACGGGAGGACCCAGUAACUACACGAGGCCAGUAGCAGGAUAAUUAGUGGCUGUUGGCAUUUGAAAGUUGUAGAGGCUGCUACUGCUGACCUCGUGUACAAGCACCUCAUGCUUCGGUAGUAACCAACACCAGACAAAGUUGUUUUUUGUGGAAAACUCGACUACUUCUAAACUCCAAGCGGUGGCUCAGCUGUACUCGGAAGACUCCGUUGAUGCAACAUUGCAAUGUAAUGCAAAAGUGGAGGCAUAAUACUGCUGUGGGCUCAUCUAUCGCUCGAUUUAUUUCGUGUUCGAGUAUUUCAACGUACUCUCUAAUUUAUUUAGAAGAAUCUUGUUCGUUUCUAACUUGUCCACGAACGUUUUCCUUUAAUUUGGAACUAGCGCUUUAAGAUUUUUUUUAUUUUCCUGCUCUACACAUUACUUUGCACAGUGUAAACAAAUCCAUACUAGAAAGUGUGCUGGCGCUUCUAUGGAUAUUUGUAUUUAUUUCAACAUUCGCUUUGUCAACUUGCAGUUUUCUGACAGCUGUUUUUUUUAAUAAUUUUGAAAACUUGAGUUUGACAUUUCACACUGACAUGAGUCUGAGCGACUGAGUGGUUCCUAUGAUCCUUUUCCUAAUAUCUUGUGGACAUUUUCUAUACAUUCUCUAGAAAUAAAAACAAUUUUUGCAGAUGGAAUCUGUCAGUUCAAUGAAUGGAAACGGUCGACUGUAACUAACGUGAUUUAUUUACAGUUCAAGACUGAAACUAAUCUAUAAGUAGUUAACGUUAUUUUCUUCUUUAAAUGUGACCUGAAAUAGUUUCAGAUAAUAAACUGCUUCCUAUGUUUGUGCCCAUCAACAGCUUUUUUAACGACAUUUUCUAUACUAAACUUGAGGUUUUAGUUUCUAUACUGUUUAGUUUUUUGGAGUAAACGUUUUACUGUCUAGAGUGUCGAGAGGUUCUAGUAAACGCCCCUGAAGUUUUCUUCGAGGUAAUGAGCGUUCAAGUUAAAUACUCAUCCUCUUCACUCAUCUUGAAAUUGAUUACUCAGGGUACUAACUAAUUUUGGUUGACGGUAAAUCGCUAUUUAAUAGCGAUCCAAUGAACACUGAUUAAAAACGUUUGUUUGACAGUCAGAAUUUUUCUUUUAGAUUCGCUGCUCGUUGCUACUGGGAAUGAAUUCCAUGCACUUUGAUUAAAUGUCUUUGAAUAUUGCUGGUCUGGAGAAUAAGCCAGGAUGUAAGUAAGCCGGCGCAUGUCCCUAUAAGCUUAAAAUUAAACAUUAAGCCUCCCUAUUUUGAAGCACCACAGUAUCUAAAUCACCGGUGUUCAAUUACCAAGGUAUUACUAUGGUAGUAAUCAAGGUGUUGCCGUGUUCAAACCUUUGAAGGAAUUUUUACCUUUCGUGUAUUGGAAGUAGUUUUCUAAUUUUGGGUGAAUAUCGACUUGACUUUUUGCUUCGGUUCACACUGUGGCUGCUUUUUUUCUCGUCCCUGCAGUGAUAGAGUCGCGAUGAUAGAUUAGUCAUGUGACAAUGUUACUGAACAUUCAUACAUCGUAACGUUCACCUUAGAGUUCGGUGAUUGUAACGACGUUACUGAACAUUCGUGCAUCGUAACGUUCACCUUAGAGUUUGAUGAAAGUUAUUACGUUACUCAACAUUCAUACAUCGUAACGUUAUUCUAGAGUUUGAUGAAGGUUAGUACGUUACUAAACAUUCUUACAUCGUAACGUUAUUCUAGAGUUUGAAGAUCCUUCUAUAGGAUAUGGUGUUAAGUGCGUUUGGUUGCACGAAUCCUUCCUUUAUUUCUGUAGAUGCUAAGGUGUCGUCGGGCGCUUGUGUGGUAUCCUAGUGAUGCUCCUUUUUAAAGAAUCUCUUCUUGGAGGGCUAUAGCAUCUCAAGGUAAUUAACUUUGAUCUUUUAGCUGAUGAAUUAAUAAAAUACUUAUUAAGGGCAUCUCUCUAUCGCUGUAAUAUAAAAUAGUUCUGGCGUACAGACUUGGAAAUGAAACUUCAAGUUAUAUGCCAACUAUUUUAUGUCCUUCCUGGUGAACUUCCUUCAGGAUGAAGGCUUUUUUUGUUGAAUGUUUGUCUUAGAUUCCAAAUGAUAGAAUUAACCUUUCUUUUGUUUGUUCGGAUCAAGUAUGUGCACUAUAAUCCUAUUUUGUGAAGAAGUUAUAUCGUCAUUCAAUAAAAUUGUGAGUCUAAA